CUGAAGAAAUUGGUGGCAGACAUGAAAAAAGAAUGUCAGCUGAACAAUCAGGAUAUUCUGGAUAGACAGACCGUGGUGGAGGGCAAGCUACCG